AUGGCCAACGACCUCGUGGCCGCCCUGCACCAGGUGCGCCUCCACGCCCAAACCCUGGAUGCAGAAGCCGGCGACCUCGACGCCUGGAUGACCAGCAGCCACACCCAAGCCAACCGACGCACACGCCCCGUGCAAUCCGCCGAAGAACUCAAGCGCGAGCUCGAAGCGGAGUUCCUGACCCCAUCGCCAAGAUUCAGCGCGGAAUGGCUCAACCGGCUCCAGCAGCGCUGGGACACACCGGUCGACUACACGGACUUGUUUGAGCUGGCGCCCACGCAGACGCGCACGGUAGUCAGGUUCACUCGCGAGGGUCUGGAGGGGAGAGUGACGAGCUAUCGCGAGGUGACCGUCCCCGCGGGUAGCGCGACGGCGAAGAACUCGACGUCGCUCCGCAGACGGCCGGCGGGGCGGGCGGAGUUUGUGAGGGGUGCGGCGGGGUUUUAUCCGUUUGAGCCUGGGGGUUUAGAAGGGGUGGAGGCGAUUUCGGCGCUGGAGUCUGAGGUGCAGGCGGAAGAGCUGCGGGUGAGUGAGGCGGCGGGGAAGUCGUCGUUGGAUCGGAUUAUCAAGUUUGGGGCGGAAGGGGGGUUGUUGGAGGUUGCGCCAGGGUUGUCGAGGGGCCUGAGUUUUGAGAAGGAGAAGGCGGUUGAGGCUGAGAGGGAUGCGAGUGCUGUGCAAGAUGCGUUGCAGCGGGAUGAUAGUGAGCUUGAUCGGGGGAUUGGGGAGGUCGAUGAAGCUGAGGGUCCGUCGAGAGAAGAAGAGAUUGAGGAAGGUCUUACGCCGGAUGACGAGGAGGAUAUUGACUCUCUGCUUCCAGUCGAAUAUCCGGCCUUGGAGCCUCGAGGAGAUCUCCUGGCUGCGUCAACGAAGAAGGCGGGGAGAGAAUGGGCCCAUGUGGUGGACGUCAAUAAGGAGAUUACGAACUUUUACGACCUGGUUCCGGACAUGGCUCGAGAAUAUCCGUUCGAGCUGGAUACGUUUCAGAAAGAGGCUGUUUAUCACCUUGAGAACGGUGACUCCGUCUUCGUGGCCGCCCAUACGUCUGCGGGAAAGACCGUUGUUGCGGAAUAUGCUAUCGCCUUGGCCGCUAAGCAUAUGACAAAAGCCAUUUACACCUCUCCCAUCAAAGCAUUGAGCAAUCAGAAAUUCCGAGAUUUCAGGAAUACGUUCGACGAUGUGGGGAUUCUAACGGGCGAUGUCCAGAUAAACCCCGAAGCCAGUUGUUUGAUCAUGACGACCGAAAUCUUGAGGAGCAUGCUUUAUCGCGGCGCAGACUUGAUAAGAGAUGUGGAAUUCGUUAUAUUUGAUGAGGUCCACUACGUUAACGACUUGGAACGAGGAGUCGUGUGGGAAGAGGUCAUUAUCAUGCUUCCAGAGCACGUUACUCUGAUUUUGCUAUCCGCUACGGUACCGAAUACCUACGAGUUUGCUUCCUGGGUCGGCCGGACCAAGAAAAAGGACAUUUACGUUAUUUCUACCCCCAAACGUCCCGUGCCUUUAGAGCAUUACCUCUGGGCCGGCAAAAAGGCGGGCCUCAACGUGGAGGCAGCGGUCAACAAAGAGGAGGCGCUCAGCAGCGAGGACGAGGCCAGCCGAGUCCACGAGGCGUUGGUAACAUUGCGAGAACCGGGAGAGGGGGCGGGCGUACCACGGCAGCGCAGGACCGGAAUAUAUGGGUGCAUCUUGUGCUACAUCUCAAAAAAGAAAGCAUGCUUCCCGCGUGUAUCUUUGUGUUUUCGAAGAAGAGAUGCGAAGAGAAUGCAGAUUCGCUCUCCAACCAGGACUUCUGUACGGCGUCGGAGAAGAGCUCAACUCAUAUGCUAA